CUAUAUGUUCACUUAGUUAAGGGUAAAACAGCUUUUCUCUUAGCUACAGGCCAGUAAGUGCUUUAAAAUAAAUAAACAUAAAAAUGGCGAGCGUGCAUGAAAGUUUAUAUUUCAACCCCAUGAUGACGAACGGAGUAGUCCAUGCCAAUGUCUUUGGUAUCAAAGAUUGGGUGACGCCGUACAAAAUUUCCGUCCUGGCACUUCUGUAUGAGAUGACCACGUCUAAGAUCGCUCUGUCAGAAAGGAGGAGGCUUAACAAACUCAUCCUUCCUCUACAACAGGGUCCAGACUUAAGUUUUGGUCAGUUCCUCAAGACUGUGGAGGGUUGUUGCUCUCAAACCGCGUAUGCUGUCAAACUCAGGCUUCAUGAAAUGGCUGAUGGAGAGCUUAAAGAUAUGGAAUACUUUUUUGCAACCCUUCCCACUCCUUUCACUGAGUUUGAUUUUGAGGCAUAUAAAACCAGUGUUGUUGGUAUUUUCAUGAGACACAUGCUUCUCGCCUACAACAAGCUGUCCUUCAGUCAGGUAUACAAGCUGUACAAGUCCCUGCAACACUAUUACCACAGUCACUAUGCCAAGCCAGUUGAUAGACCGUUAGAUAUAGCGGUACUGGUUGCGGACGACUCAGACAUGGACCUCACCAGCACUGAGGACACUGUAGGGGACAGAAUGGAGAAGGAUGAGCUGGACACUUCGAUGUAUGAGUCAGAGCUUAGUUGCAGAGGUCCCCUUUCACAAAAACAAGCAGAAUACUUUCUUGCAAAACAGGCAUACCUUCUGAGGAAUGAUGAGAACAAAUCCCUAAAGCCUUCUGCUCUGCAAGAGGAACUCAACAACAUGUUGCAAUUUAACCCUGAUUUUGCUGAGGCACACUACCUGAACUACCUGAACAGCAUGCGAGUCAAGGACAUCUUCAUUUCCACCCACAGUCUGUUACACUAUUUUGACCGCCUCAUCCUGUCUGGAAGUGAAGGAAAGAGCAAUGGGGAUGAAGGUUAUGGGCGUAGCCUCCGCUACGCUGCCCUGAACCUGGCAAGUCUGCACUGUCGUUUUGGCCACUAUCAGCAGGCUGAACUGGCCCUACAAGAGGCUAUCCGUAUUGCCCAGGAAUCCAACGAUCACGUGUGUUUGCAACAUUGUCUGAGUUGGCUUUACACAUUAGAACAGAUGAAAGGAUCUGACAGCUCUGUUUUAACUGAGGACUCUGUGAAAAUGGCUGCCCAUUUCUGCCUGCCAUACUUGGCUUCCCUGGGCAUUCAGUCCUUGGUCCAGCAGGGGGGGAUACAGGGCAAGACAGCCCAUGAACUGAUGGAUGCACUGAAGGACACAGACAUCCUCCAUUGGAAACACAGUCUAUCAGAGCUGAUAGAGAUAAGCCUGGCCCAGACUACUUCCAUAUGGAGGAUGUACGGCAAGAGCGCUAUGGCUCAGCAGCAGGCCCAGCUCCUUCUGAACAUGAGCAGCCUGGAGCCAGUUAACUUUGGAGUCCAGCAGAACAAUACUGAAGCCUUUGCUGUGGCUCUUUGCCAUCUGGCUGAACUGCAUGCUGAGCAGGGCAUGUAUGGUGCUGUUUCAGAGAUCCUUAAGCAUUUGAAGCAACAAUUUCCUCCCCACACACAGCAUGCCAAGCUCUGGAUGUUAUGUGAUUUGAAAGUCCAGCUUGAGAGGUAUAUGAAUGAAGGGAAAUACCACAUGGCAGAGCCUCUAGUCACUGCUAUUUCUGCCUUGAAUAAAACAGAGGGACUCUACAGGAAAGCUCAAGUUUUGAAGGUACUGAAUCGGACAACUGAAGCAUACAGCAUCUUGCAGAGGCUACAGGCGCACUGUGAAAAGACCAAAUGUACAGAGAUGAUCAUCAGGGUUAUCCUUUCUACUGCUGAGCUCCACUGGGAAUCGUCUGGCUUUUCUACCACCCUUCCUCUCCUGCUCCAGGCCUUGGCUCUAGCUAGACAGCACCAUUUACAGGCCCUGGCUUCCGAGACCAUACUACACCUGGCCUUCACUCAGCUGAUGUUGGGGGUUCCAGAGCAGGCUCUCGGUAUCCUCCAUGAAGCCCUGGAGCCCAUUCUUGCCCACGGAUCUGUCAUGGAUAAAGGCCGAGCUUUGAUGCUGACAGCUCGCUGUCAGAUGGCUGUGGCCGGGUCCAGGCAAGAUGGACAAGGGCAAGAAGCUUUAGGUUUGGCAGUUCAGACAUUAGACGAGGCUGCAGUCUAUUUUUCCAAAUUGAACUGUAAGCAGCGACUACGUGAUGUCCACUACCUUCAAGCUCAGCUCUACCACUCACUGGGUCAAAUGCCCAAACGCAACAAAUGCGCCAUGCUCUUUCGCCUGCUGGACCAGGACCUGCAGUCAUCGGUAGCACCAGGUGCCUUGCGGCUCUAAUGCCCACUUUACCUUCAAAUGAUAGAUGUUGAACCCGAUCAAAACAAUAUAAUUCUUGCCAUGGACUUGGAAAAAUCUAAAAUAUUACCAGAGGAUAUAUUACAUUUGUAAGUCAAUAACUCCACUGUAAGGAAUUCAGACACUCAUUUGUUCACAUACCUGGGCAAUAAUUAUGCAUCCCAUUGAUAUUUUGUUUUCCCAUUACCUAGGCUCAAGUGUCUUAUUACUGAGUUGAUUUACUCAAUGAUCACCAGUAGAUGGUGACCAACAUCUGUUCUUCUCUGCAACAGGUUUACAGUGUAGUUCUUAUUAAUAUUUCAUACCAGAACCAUUCAUCACAACUCUCAGCAAGCAACUUUUGUCAUUAUCAAAAAUAAUUUUGAAUGGUAAUCAUUCCAGAAGAGAUUAUUUUGUUUCUUUCCACUUGGUCAGAUAUUGUAUUUGAGUGACUGACACUGAUAACGGUCAC